GAUCCAGGCGAAGAGAAGAAAUACGCCGCAGAUUUGAAUCAUUAUUUACAUCUCUAAACAGAGCAAAAAUCGCCCGAUAAGCUCCGUGAGUGACUUGGAAGACUGAGAACAUUGAGCGUUUUACUUUAAGACGGAGCUGAAGUUCUUCAAGAUGAUGAGUUUCUCGACUGCCAGCGUUACAAGGCCUGUGAGAGUCUAGAGAUUUCACACAUUCAUAAAGUCCCAGACCCGAAGCAUGAGGGACCAGAGUGUCCUGCUGUUAGAACAGACAGCGAAGUGCCCUGAAGAAAUAAGUCAGGAUGGAGCUCUCUCCUUAACGGAAGAAACAGUGUCCUUAUUAACAUCCAGCAGCAUGUUAGCUCAUUCUUUUCUCCUUCAUCCUAGUGGUCUGAGAUGCAAAGAUGGUCCAGAAAUGGAUGUAUCAAGUCGCAAGCGAGAGUCCAUACCUCUUGAGAAAAAAGAUGAAGGUUAUUGGGACAAACGCAAAAAGAACAAUGAAGCUGCCAGGCGUUCACGUGAAAAACGCAGAAUCAACGACAGAGUGGUUGAAAACCAAGUCCUGGCUCUUCUUGAAGACAACGCACGUCUGAAAGCUGAGCUACUGGCACUGAAGUUAAGAUUCGGUUUGAUCAAAGAUCCCUCAGAAGACCGGCAAAUCUUUUCACAUGUCCAAGCAUUUCCAACUAUACGAGAUACAAACCCACAAAAUGUACACCCAUUGCCAAUCUCAAUGCAAAAUGAUGGGUUCAUCAUGCCUGUGGGGUCAAGAAUUGGGAAUCCAGAUAUCUCGGUUGGUGAUGAAGUAGUAGGAACAUAUUCAUCAGGAUAUCAAGAAAACAAUCUGAAAAGUCUUCCUCAUAAACUGCGUUUCAAGAUGGCGUGUGGAAAUGAAGGUGCUGAUGGUUUCCUUCAUCCAGAGGAAAAUACUGCUAUGGUUUGUAAGAUCACUAAGGGUUUAUGGAGGCCGCAAACACACACAAUGCCAUCAGUUUGUUCAGCGACACAUCAGAAUAACUCUUCAAGUCAGAGCGUGAUCAGAUUACAGCUCAGCGCUUUGACUAAAGAAGUGGCCGAGCUCAAAAAAAUGCUUCUCUCAAAAGCACUGAAAUCAAAUCGCGCCUGACGUCUGACUCAUCCACAGAAAGAAGGCCCAUUUACAGAUACAAAUAUAAGGCGGCAGCUGGUUGUUCACUGGAACAGCUGGCCAUUUUUUUUUUUAGUUCUAGUGAAACAUUAAUAUGCUUGUCUGCUACACUA